UCCUGCGCAGAUGUUGAGGCCGUAAAGCACGCCGGGCGGUCAGUUGGUUGCAGAUCGCAGGGAGGAAGCCGCCGCGGUUCGCCUUCUCUCCGCUGCCGCUAUGAUUCCGGUGUCGUUGCUGGUGGUGGUGGUGGGUGGCUGGACUGCAGUUUACCUGACCGACUUGGUGCUGAAGUCAUCUGUCUAUUUUAAGCAUUCUUAUGAAGAUUGGCUGGAAAACAAUGGCCUGAGCAUCUCUCCUUUUCACAUCCGAUGGCAAACUGCAGUUUUUAAUCGUGCCUUUUACAGCUGGGGACGGCGGAAAGCGAGGAUGCUUUAUCAGUGGUUCAAUUUCGGAAUGGUGUUUGGUGUGGUUGCCAUGUUCAGUUCUUUUUUUCUCCUUGGAAAAACCCUGAUGCAGACUUUGUCACAGAUGAUGGCUGAUUCUCCCUCUUAUCCUUCCUCUUCUUCGUCUUCCUCCUCCUCCUCUUCCUCUUCUUUCUCCUCUUCUUCCUCUUCUUCCUCUUCCUCCUCUUCCUCCUCUGCCUCUCUUCACAAUGAGCAGGUGUUGCAAGUUGUGGUUCCUGGUAUCAAUUUACCCGUCAAUCAGCUGACCUAUUUCUUUGCUGCUGUCCUCAUUAGUGGUGUUGUACAUGAAAUUGGACAUGGAAUAGCAGCUAUUAGGGAACAAGUUCGAUUUAAUGGCUUUGGAAUUUUUCUCUUCAUUAUUUAUCCUGGAGCAUUCGUUGAUCUGUUCACCACCCAUUUGCAGCUUAUAUCACCGGUCCAGCAGCUAAGGAUAUUUUGUGCAGGUAUCUGGCAUAAUUUCGUCCUUGCCCUCCUGGGUAUUUUAGCUCUUGUCCUCCUCCCAGUAAUUCUCUUGCCUUUUUACUACACUGGAGUGGGAGUACUUAUCACAGAAGUUGCUGAGGACUCACCUGCCAUUGGACCCCGAGGCCUUUUUGUGGGAGACCUUGUCACUCAUUUACAGGACUGUCCUGUUACUAAUGUGCAAGACUGGAAUGAAUGUCUGGAUACCAUUGCUUAUGAGCCCCAAAUUGGUUACUGCAUAAGUGCAUCAACUUUACAACAGUUAAGCUUCCCAGUCAGAGCAUACAAACGGCUAGAUGGUUCCACUGAAUGCUGUAACAAUCAUAGCCUCACAGAUGUGUGUUUUUCCUACAGAAAUAAUUUUAACAAGCGCUUGCAUACCUGUCUACCUGCCCGGAAAGCAGUUGAAGCUACCCAAGUUUGUAGGAGCAAUAAAGAUUGUAAGAAAAGUUCAAGUUCAAGUUUCUGUAUAAUACCUUCAUUAGAAACUCAUACUCGCUUAAUAAAAGUGAAGCACCCACCUCAAAUUGAUAUGCUGUAUGUAGGACAUCCAUUACAUCUUCACUAUACUGUGAGCAUCACCAGUUUUAUUCCACGUUUCAACUUUCUAAGCAUAGAUCUGCCAGUGAUUGUGGAGACAUUUGUCAAGUACCUGAUUUCCCUCUCUGGAGCUCUGGCUAUUGUGAAUGCCGUCCCCUGCUUUGCCUUGGAUGGUCAGUGGAUUUUAAACUCUUUUCUGGAUGCUACCCUUACCUCAGUGAUUGGAGACAACGAUGUCAAAGAUCUGAUAGGAUUUUUUAUCUUACUUGGUGGCAGUGUACUUUUGGCUGCCAAUGUGACCCUGGGACUCUGGAUGGUUACAGCACGGUAAUAUCUGCUCUCAUCUGACAGAAUCUCUGAGUUCCCAUCUACAUCUGUGUGGUAAUAUCUGCUGCCAUUAACAUCCUUAUUUGGUGUAAAAUGUGUUUCUUUCCGGUUACAUCAUGGCUAAUAUCAUUAAGCUCCUCCUCUCACUAGAGUACCCAUACUCUGUGGUAAAGGAUGAGCAGAAGAAAUAAAAUAGCCCCCAACUCCAUUUUUAGUUUUAAAAGACGGGAUGUGCAAAUCUCACCUGUUUGUGGAACACUUUCUGAACAAGUACAAAUUCAUUCACAUAGUAUUCAUUUUCUGUGACUACAUAGCACAUUGAAAUAGUAUAAAGGAGAACAGAAUUGAAUAGAAAUUAUUAGGAAACAUCUUUUUUUGUAUGUGUGGCUCUGGAUAUCAAACCCAUAGCCUCAUAUGCUAGGCAAGUGCUCUACCCACUGUACUCCAGCCCCAUCCCCAGGGAAAACUUCUUGAAAAAGCAUCAUUAAGCUGGAUGUGGUAGUACACACCUGUAGUUCCAGCACACAGAUUACAGCAGGAGAAUUGCAAGUUUGAAGCCAGCCUGGGAUCUAUAGCAGGUUCCAGGCUAGCUUGCCUAUACACUUCGCAAGACCCUGUCUCAAAAGCAAACCAAACAAACAAAGCACACCAUCAUUACUAAAGACUUAAAAGAAAUCAAACUUCAGCCAAGUAGAAGGGUGACUGGGUUCACCGCCUAUAUUUCUUAUCCUCUGCCAUAUUUAAGAAGUAUUUUACAGUUGAAUGGUAUAUUAUUUUAUACUCUGAAAACUGAAGUCCGAUUACAAUUAAGUUUAAUAAGGUUCUAUACGAGAA